GCGUGCCUUGCAGCAGCUUCCUGGCUUGCCUCUGAACUGCAGCUCCCAGCAACAGAACUGCCAUUUUCCACAGCAGAACUGUAACUCUUUGCAGCAACUUCGGCUUGGUCAUCCAGGGUGUUCACUCGCUCGGGGACCUCGAUUACAGAUGGAAUGCUGCCCGUACCGAUGAGUAUAUACAAGCGCACUGAGCUGGUUCACCCUCUGGCCCCUGAGAAUGAAUAUGUGGAGAAGUUCAGCCAAAGCCUCAACCACAUCCCAAAGCUGCGCUACUCCCUGGGGUACGACCACCAGAAGAGAGAACUGUGUGUGUCUCUCCUAGAAGCUGUUGGUUGCCCACUUACCAAGGAGGAGGAGCCUGGGAGUCACCGCUACAUUGGGGGCACUCUCACCAGCAAUGGUGGGCAAACAGAAGCCCAGACCUCGCUGAUGAAUAGGACCCCACAUACAGUUUGGGACGAGGCUCUGCUGUUCCCCUUAUCAGAGGAGGAACGAGUAGAGGCUGAGCUAACACUCACCUUGAGGCACUGUGACCGCUACUCCAGGCACCAGGUAGCCGGGGAAAUCACCCUGAGUCUGGCUAAUCUAGGGGUUCCCUUUGGAGCAGCUCGGUGGGUGGGACUUUAGGCCUCCUGAGAAGGUAAGUACUGCCCAGUGUAUGUGGUGUAAACUAAUAGAAAAGCAGAAGGGGAGCUGCAAGGGCAUCUUCAGGGGCACAGAUAUUCCCUACUAAAGGGCUGGUAUAGAAGCUCAAAAAUAUGUGCAGCCUAAUCCUUGUCAAGCUUUAGUCACAGAACCCCUCAGUGACUGCUAAUAUCCUUAUCAUUUACAGUAGGGGGUACAUUAUCCCUUAUAAUACAUGA